AAUGCCAAAUGGGUCAAAGUGUAGAUACACUGAAUUGCAAAUGGCUGCUUGUGUGUGUAAGGGAAUCAGAAGCUGUCUAAUCUGUGAGGCUACCAGGCAACCCAGCCAUGAAGCAUCAGUGCCAACCUCCCUAGAGCUAAACAUGUGCUACAAAUGUGGUGCUGUGUUCAGGUACUCCCCAGCCCCACCCCCACAACCCCUCCAGGCAUGCUCCCCUCCCUGUACUGCUGAUGAUGAUGAUAUCAAAGUAUUGCAGCCUGGGACGACUGAUGAAGGCCUUAGAGAUGCUGUGAGUGACUUUAGAGGAGUGGUGGUGGUUAAGGAGUUUGUGAGUGCAGAGGAGGAGUUGUGUAUGGUGGCUGAUAUUGAUCAACAGAGGUGGGCAGACUCUCAGUCAGGUCGAAGGAAACAGGAUUAUGGGCCAAAAGUGAACUUCAAGAGAAAGAAGGUCAAGCUGGGAUCCUUCAAUGGACUGCCAUCAUUCAGCAAACUGUUGCUAGAUAGAAUGCUCUCCACCAUACCUCAACUAGACAGCUUUAAGCCUGUGGAGCUAUGUAACCUUGAGUACACCCCCCACCGUGGAUCAGCCAUCGACCCUCACAGUGAUGACAAUUGGCUGUGGGGGGAACGACUAGUGACUCUCAACCUCCUCGCCUCCACACUCCUCACAUUCUCCACACCCUCACAUCCCACCCACUCACACAUCCCACCACCCUCUCAGUAUGUGGAGCUCCAUGUUCCCCUCCCCCGUCGUUCCCUUCUGAUAGUGAGUGGUCCGGCUAGACACACGUGGCAUCAUUCCAUUAAGAGAGAGAACAUUGCCUCGAGGAGAAUAGCUGUCACAUUGAGGGAGCUAACACCAGAGUUCCUGUCAGGUGGGAGGAGCUAUGAUAGCGUUGGACACGGCCUGCUGGAGAUUGCUCAGAGAUUUGACGGUCAACCUAUAAACUUUGCAUAAGAUUUUGAUAAUUAUUUAUGUACAGAGAUUUCACGUGCAUGACUUAUUGUCUUUAUUAAAAUUUAAAUUGUGUCUAUUAAUUAAUUAAUUAUCAUUAUUAACCAAUAAAA